AUGGAAGCUCGCCUUGACACUCUUAGUGAUGAGUUGUGUCAGGUGAAUACUCGUGUUGGUCAUAUCACACGACGACAGGCUAUUAUGGGUGGCUUCACUGCGUCUCCAUCUCCAUCUCCAUCUCCACAGGCUUUCGAGGAUAAGGGCGAUGAUGAUGGCUUCGGUGAUGAUGAUGAUGAGGAUGAGGAUGCUAGCUCUUGUAGUGACGAGGAGAUGACUGAAUUUUACGUACGUACUAAAGUCAGUAAUUUUACUCUUCCCUUCAGAAGAGAAUCUGCAACAGUUGUCAAAGCCCACAAACGAGGAAAAAAAAGAGAAAAAGAAAAUACGGUGAACACUUUGGUGGGCAGUGUGGUGGGCAGUGCUGUGACUUUCCUCUUAGCGAACGUGACUCAGUUGCUCAAAGCUGAAGCGAAGUUGCUUGGUGGGGUGAAAGAACAAGUCAAGAUACUUGAAAACGAGUUGAAAUUUAUCAAAGUUUUCCUUCAAAAUACUGAGGGAGAACAGGAUGAGAAUAGCACGUUGAAAGAGGUAGUCAGCCAAAUCAGGGACGCAGCCUACGAGGCUGAGGAUGUCAUCGACACUUUCAUCAUAAAUGCCGUAAUGCACAGGAAAAGAAGUAAGUUGGAGAAGCUAAUCCAUUUCCGUGACCAAUCAAACAUGUUUCAUGAUGUUGCAAAGGAUAUAGAUCGCAUCAACAAUGUCAUCGCAAGAAUUAACGAGAAUAGGGGAAAGUACGUCACAGAAAAAGUCGAAUCCGGAGGAGAUGCAGAACAAGCGGGGCGGAUACUGGACAAGCGCAGGAGAACUGUCGAGGAAGAUCACGUUGUGGGCUUCAGUCAAGACACGAAGACAUUGGUGGACAAGCUUGUUGAAGGGGGUUCUCAACUUGAUGUCAUUUCAAUCGUUGGCAUGGGUGGCCUAGGCAAGACCACUCUUGCCAGGAAGAUUUACAACAACAAUCGUGUUCAAGAUCACUUUGAUGUGCGAGGGUGGUUUUAUGUUUCUCAAAAAUACAGAAUCCGAGAUCUGUUGCUUGAAUUUUUAAAGGUUGUGAAGCCAGCAAAGUCAGAGUUCAUGAUCUUGAAAGACAAAUUGCACCAGGAAUUAUUCCAAAUUUUGGAAGCUAAUUAUAGCUCCAAUAGGGAUAAAUUGAUAAGCGUGGAAUUGUUCACAAACUUGAAAGAUAUGAAGGAAAAGGAUGAUGAAGAAUUCAAAGAGAUGCUGUUCCAGGGGUUGAACCGUAUAAAAGACUCUCAAUUGCGAGAUUCAUUACAGAGUUUGGUGGAGAAAAUAUAUGAGAAGAAUUGUGAAGAUUUGCAAGAUUUCGCUGAUGAUGAAUUGAAAAAAUGUCUAUUUAGAUGCUUGACAGGAAGGAGGUACCUACUAGUCCUGGAUGACAUAUGGGACAAUAAUGCAUGGGACGAGGUAUUUACUUCCUUCCCUGAUAAGCUGAAAGGAAGUAGAAUAUUGAUCACUAGCCGCAAAUCUGAAGUGGCUUUACAUGCUGCAAGUCCAAAUUUUCUUCCUCACCAACUUCCAUUUCUUGGCAAGGAGGAAAGUUGGGAACUUUUCUCUAAGAAGGUGUUCCGAGGAGCUACUUGUCCUGACCAUCUUGAAAGACUGGGGAGACAAAUUGCGGAAAAUUGUGGUGGUUUGCCACUAGCUAUUGUGGUAUUGGGGAGUCUUUUGGCCACCAAGAAUAAAGAAAGUCAUAUAUGGAGGAAGGUGACAUGUAAUAUCAUUCCGUACCUUAAUGAGGAAAGAUCAAAUUGCUCAGACAUAUUGGCUCUAAGCUACGAUGACUUACCCAUGCACUUGAAACCUUGCUUUCUAUAUUUUGGUAUAUAUCCAGAAGAUUUUGAGAUACCUGUGAGGCAACUAAUCCAAUUGUGGAUAGCCGAGGGAUUUAUACAGCAAGCUCACAAUACAAAUGUGGAGGAUGUUGCUGAAGAAUAUUUGGAGAAACUCAUUGAUCGAAGCUUGAUUCAGGUGGCAACAAGAAGGGCAGAUGGAGGAAUCAAAACAUGUCGUAUUCAUGAUCUUCUACGAGACCUCUGCAUAGAAGAGAGCCUUAAAGAGAAGUUUCUUGACAUCCGCACAAAAGAUAACUUCUCAACAAAUAGCCAAUCCCGCAGACUUUCCAUCCAAUGUGCCACCCAUCUAUCCAUUUCAAAUCCUCCUGAGCCUUCUUACACUCGUUCCUUGCUAUGCUUGGGGGAUGAUGAAACUUCGAAUGUUGAAAGCAACUUGAAUUGGGUUUGUGAAACAUUUAAGUUGGUUCGGGUUGUAGAUCUCGGGAAUAUGGCAACUUUUAGCGCGAUUCCCAAGAAAAUAGAAAAGCUGAUCCUUGUGAGGUACUUGAGGAUCCAACUAUGUGAGCUUGAUGUAUUGCCGGCUUCCAUAUGCAGACUCUGGAAUCUGGAGACGUUGGACAUGAGAAAAUCUAAAAUAAAAUGCUUGCCUAAAGAGGUAUGGAGGUUACAAAAAUUAAAGCAUUUGUACCUGGGUGGCCCAACAUCUAUACCUAAAACAAAGAAAAAAGAUUUACCUAAUCUUCAACUCCUUACCGGUAUAGCUAUAAAUCAAGACACUCUGAGUCUCCUCGCCAAGGACAGAUUUCCUAACUUGAAAAAGUUAGGAUUACAUUUUUCAAGCGGGGUCGAGUUAACGUUAUUGUCAAACCUGCAUCUCUCAUCUCAUCUGCAAACUUUGAAAAUUAAAGGACUUUUUGAUCUUCCAAGUCUAAUAUCAUUCCCCUCGACUCUCACCAAGAUAACCUUACUGUGCAAGAACAUUUCUCCAAAUGUCGUGACAGUGUUAGGUCGCCAUACUAUACUUCAAAUACUGAAAAUAAAAGGCGUCAAUCCGGUACAGAUGGACCUCAAUUGCGAUGAGAGCAGUUUUCCUCAACUGGAGGUCUUUAAAAUGGCAAAUUUGGAGAUUAUGCACUGGAAUAUGCAAAGUGGUGCAAUGCCAAAAGUUCAACAUUUGGUCAUCGACAAUUGCAAGUAUUUGAAUACUCUCCCUGACGAACUAUGGUGCUUGACUGCCUUGCGGGAUGUGGAAGUUUUAUAUCCCUCUGGAAAUUUGGCAAGGAAGCUUCAACAGUUGCAAAUGAAGAGUGGAUGUAAGCUCCAAGUCUAUCCUCCCCUGGGCGCAAGCAACUAA